AUGCUGAAUGAACCAAGCGACAUCCUCACUGUUCAGCGUGCUCAAUACAUAAAUUGGUGCAAUAACCGCAACUUUUUAUCUUCGCCAUUGAUUGUGCCAACAAACAGCAAGCACAUGGAGAAAAAAGCAACAGCAAUGAGCAAGCGUUCAGUUUCAUUACCUCCAGAGUUAUUGAUGGAGAUCUUUAGCUAUUUGGAUGGUAAUCAAGCUGCACUGCAUUCAGUUUCACUCGUUUGCAAGCAGUGGUUCUACUGCGCUGCUCCCAUUCUGUAUUGCCAUCCUCAGAUUAAUGAUACCUAUCGCUGGGCUACCUUCAUACUGACAUUGACAAGAGAGCGCAUGUCAUUCUUUUACGGGGAUCUCAUCAAAUCAAUUGACCUGUCCUCGGGAAAGUCCAUUGAAGCGAUGAAAGACCAGGAAUUUUACAGACGACUAUCAGAUGCAAACGAUAACGAACAGCUACAGCAACAACAGCAACAACACACUACUCCUGGCAGUCAAGUUGCAGGACUGACUACCAACAACCGCUUCUUCAUGUCUUCUCGACGAGAAUACAGAAGCACAGAGGCAGAAAGACGCAGACAUGAGCAUGAAUAUGUUGUCAAGGGACUACCUUUCAUCAUCGUAUCUACAUCUUCGUUGCUUCAAGUUUCAAAAACCUGCAAAAACCUGACAUCUCUCAACCUUUCCUAUACAAGUCUGUUACAUGAUAGUGUCAUUGCCGAGACUGGCGAGUAUCUGUCCACCUUACAACGUUAUGCAGUGCAACCUGGUUUAACACACAUUCAGAUCCCGAUAGAAGAUGCUAUCGAAGCCAUUGGGAAAUCAUGCUAUCAACUGGAGCAGGUCAAGAUUCAACGUUGCGAAUGGGUUACUGCUCAAGUCAUCUGGCUGUUUGCAUACCAUUGUCCCAAUCUGAAACGACUGGAUGCCAGAAGGUCAACAAAAUGCACAGUGAAAAAAUUGAUUGCCAAUGUGUUGGAAUUGCCCGGUUACUAUAGUCAACAUCCAUAUCGCAGUGGUGAUGAAGAUGAUGUCGCAUUGCCGUCGUAUAUCAUGCCCGACGCUAAUGGCUCCAUAACUACUGCUAGCCUUGCGCUCCCACGAUUUUCAACUCAAAGUAGAUUUAGACUUGAAGGUGAUGAAAAUCAUGCUGUUGCUGGUGAUGACGAAAACCAGACUAUCGUGAUUGAACCGCGAGCUGAAGAUCAAGUAGACGAAGCUGAAGAUCAAGGGGAAGACGCACCAAUGAUUCAUUUUAGAUUCAAUGUAGAAACAGGAUUGUGGGAACGGGAAGUCAACGGCCAAUUGGGACAUAUGACAGACAACGCCGAUGCUAUUCGAAAUGGCACUUUUUGGUUUGUCCCUCUAUCCAACGGUGAAGAUGAUGUAUCAGCAGCUGGUAGGCGACCACCUUCACCUGUGCAGCACACUCUCUCAUCGCAAUCAAUGCCCUCAGUUGGAGAUGAGUCUCUGAAAGACAUUAUCCGCACUGUCAUCAUGGACUGUAAAGAUUUAGGCGCUAUUGAUCUCAACUGGAUCAGCGACUACAAUUGA